CUUUGCAGCAGCCCAUGGCCUUCCGCAAGCGCAACGUAGGCGUCAAUCGCACGCCUGCGGGCAACGAAGCGCCGGCCUCUGUCGCGAGCACUGCGCCGUCUUUCAUUCCUGGCGUGCGGCCGUCUCCGGUGGAUGGCCGCCCGACCACCUCCACUGGUACCUACUCGCUGGACAGCAUCCUUGCCGGCCAUGCGGGACUCGCGCUUGGGUCGUCGCUUCUCAUCGAGGAAAGCGGGACGACGGACUUUGCGGGCUCGCUUUUGAGGUACUACGCUGCCGAAGGAGUGGUGCAAGGACACAAGGUGCACGUCGCAGGGUUUACGGAACCAUGGGGAAGAGAACUUCCCGGCCUGAUAGGCGUGGCUGAUGGUGAAGUCGAGAGCACAAACGGAGGCAAAUCGAAAGAGCGGAUGAAGAUAGCGUGGAGAUACGAAAGACUGGGCGAGAUCGACGCGGAGAAGAGGAUAGGCGGCAGCAGAGGACCAGUGGACCGUAGCCCAGCAGGUGCCGCUCCAGGAUCGCCCGGCGCAUCAGAUGCAGCAGAACCUCCACCCUUCUGCCACAAAUUCGACCUUGCUAAGCGCCUCGAGUUCCCUUCAGGGACCUCGAUCAACUACAUUCCUCUCCCCCCACCGCACCAGCCAACCUCGCCUUUCCUACCAGUGCUACAAAACGUUUCCGCACAACUCGCCUCAACGCCCGCAACGACUAUCCACCGUCUUCUCGUACCCAGCCUGCUCUCGCCAGCUCUCUACCCACCGCACGCUAGUCAGCCCUCCUUCUUGCUGCAGUUCCUCCACGGCCUUCGCGCACUUCUCCGUAAAUACCCUACGCGCUUAACCGCGGUCCUCAGUCUUCCGCUUGAGCUCUACCCGCGCAGCACGGGCCUGAUCCGCUGGUGCGAACUGCUCUCGGAUGGCGUCUUCGAACUGCAGCCGUUCCCGCACCUGAUGGACGCGUACGGCGAGUUGGCGACCUCGAGUGGAGCGACGGCGAACGAGGAACGGCCGCAGGGUAUGCUGAGAGUCCAUAGGCUGCCGGUGUGGCACGAGAGGGGUGGUGGUGGCGGCGGCGUCGCUGGCGUCGGCGAUGACUUGGCGUUCACGAUGAGCAGGAGGAAGUUCGUCAUCAAGCCGUUUAGUCUGCCGCCUGUGGAGGGGGAUACGGAGGCACAGGGUGCCCUGACUAUGGGACCGGAAGAGGGGAAGGGAAAGCAGACGAAGGUCGAUAUUGACUUUUAAGGAAACGGAUGCCUUCUUGCUGUCCUUCUGGAUUGCUGGAUAGAAGCCUCGAUUCGGGAUUUGGUUCCUAGCUCUUCCACGUGCUCAUGUUCAGAAAUUCCGAACAAAGGGCCCAUACAAUACAAUUAAAGAGUAUCAUAGAUCAUCGUCCUCUUCAUGAGUAUGGUCAAACAUGUCUUCCAUUUCAAUCUGUUCCCAGCCAGAUUGGGCCGCACCAGAUCCCAGAGUUCUGGCAUAGCUCCGACCAAAUGAAGGAUGACGUGAAUUAACAGAGACACCAGCUAUUCUUGCUCGGAAGUUGUCUCCAAGACAUGAUGACACGGCCAGCCAGGCUAUGAAAAAGA